AUGACCCUCAAACCCUUAACUAGCAGCAUCCACAUCAAAACCCACCCCGCCCCGCGCUCCCUCUCCGAAAGCAAACUCAUUCUCUCCGCACUCCAGAAAUUCGGCGAAGUCGUGACAUUUCGAAAUCUAAAGUACGACCCCACAAACACAUCCCCCAAAUCCGCGCACAACACCAUCGCCAUCUUCGAGUCCGCAUCCGCGGCGUCUUCGGCCAUUGCGGCAUCGCCGAUUUCCAUUCCCAUCCAGAACCAAACACAAACACAAACACAAACACAAACACAAACCCAGAGUCAAGACGAAUCUCCCUCCAAUGCAAACCACACAGCAUCACCAGCAACGCAAUCCCAAGAAACGACGCAACAACCACACACCCUGACAUGCACGAUCCAACCAUCGCGGCAUAACCACGUCUCGGCGAUGACGCGCAACCCUUACCAUACGUUCUUCUACGUGGACAAGGAAAGCCAUAUGUAUAAGGAUCUGGUGAAGAGCGGGAUACCGUUGGAUUAUUUGGCGGAUGGGCCGAUGAGGAGGAAGGCGCAUGUGCCGGAACGGGUGAAGAGAAUGCUGGAUCGGGAUGUGUGGAGGUUUGGGGGGAAGAGUUUGAUGGGGUUGUAUCGGUUUGGGAUGGAGAGUGAGAAUGGAAAGGAGAGUGGGAAUGGGGAUGGGGAGGAUGAGGGGACGAAGUGA